UAAAUACUCCCCCAUCCACCACCGCACCCUCCUCACCUCGCCAUCACAAACCAACCCCGCUCGCCAAAUGCCCACUACCACCCCGGCCCCCCUCCUCGACAUGCCAGCGCCGUCGACGGACGCCACGGCCACUAAUAAUGGCGUGGCGAGUCGGCGGCGGCGGCGGCGGCUGCUGCUGUGCGCCAACUACGCCGCGCUUCUCGGCGGCUCCGUGGCUUCCAGCCUGCUGUCCCGGUACUACUUCGCGCACGGCGGGUGCGAUCGGUGGGUGGCCACGCUGGUGCAGUCGGUCGGGUUCCCGGUCCUGCUCGUGCCCGUCUAUGCCGGCCGGUGCCGGUCCGCCUCCCAGUCCCAGCCCCGGCCGUUCGCGUGGUUCACGCGGCGGCUGCUGGCCGCGUGCGUCGUCAUCGGCGUCCUCAUGGGCGUCAACAACCUGCUCUUCUCCUACAGCUCCUCGUACCUGCCCGUGUCCACCUCCUCGCUGCUGCUGUCCACGCAGCUGGCCUUCACGCUCGUGCUCGCCGCUGUCAUCGUGCGCCACCCGCUCACCUUCUCCAACCUCAAUGCCGUGGUGCUCCUCACGCUCAGCUCCGUGCUGCUGGCGCUCCGAUCGUCCGACUCGGCCGAGCGCCCCGACGGCGGGAGCCGGGCCAGGUACUUCGUGGGCUUCGCCGUCACGCUCGGCGCCGCGGGGCUCUUCGCCGCCUACCUGCCGGUGAUGGAGCUGGUGUACCGCAGGGCCGUGUCCGGCGGCUUCCGCAUGGCGGUGGAGGUGCAGGUGAUCAUGCAGGCCGCCGCGACGGCCCUGGCGGUCGCCGGGCUGGCCGCGGCUGGUGGGUGGCGGGAGGAGCUGGCGCGCUGGGACCUCUCGCCGGCCGCGUACUGGGCGGUGGUGGCCGCGCUGGUGGUGACGUGGCAGGCCUGCUUCAUGGGCACCGCCGGGAUGGUGUACCUGACGUCGUCGCUGCACAGCGGCGUGUGCAUGACCGCCGUGCUGACCGCCAACGUGAUCGGCGGCGUGGUCGUGUUCCGCGACCCGUUCGGCUGGGAGAAGGCCGUGGCCUCGGUGCUCUGCGUCUGGGGCUUCUCCUCCUACCUCUACGGUGAGUACAGCAGCACGCAGCAGGCGCAGGAAGGCGACGGAAAGGUGGCGGCGGCCGCCGGCGAUGGGCACAAGAGUGUUGCUAGUGGUGGUGGUGGUGGUGUGGGAGGAGGAGGAGGAGGUGCAGUUGAAACCGUCUGAUCGAGCUCGUUCGACGCUGCUAGCCUUUUUCAUUCCAUUUCUAGAUGAGCACAUAGACAAUGGAGACGUGAAGUGAAGGAGAAGAUGGCAGCACAUGACAUGAAGGGUACAUCCAUUAACUGUGUCGUAUAGCUAAUUAAUUGCACAAUGCAUGUAACAUAAACUAGGCAUGCAUGACACAAGAGACAAAUGUUGUGUACAUACUACAUACUGUUGAACAGUCCACAUGAGAGAGAGAGAGAGAGAGAGAGAGAGAGGUGGUUGUGGUUGGGUACUGCUUGUUUGUGAGGUUUAAGGUUUAGUGUAACUGUGCAUGGAUGGAUGGACGAUCCGUGGGAGGUUAUAUAAAAAUGGUACAAGCAAGUACUGCUGUCGUGAUGUAUUAUAACCUGAACUGAUAAACCAAUGAACAGUUACUUUCUUG